AUGGCGCAUACACGCGCAACAGCUUUUAUUUGCGCGUGGGCGCUAUUUGCGAAUAUCACUGCAAUUCCUGCACCCCCGCGGAGAAACGAAAAGCAAGAAACUCCACACAUGGCGCAGGAAAGGACAAUAGUGAUAAGGAGAGUUCCCAAUGCAUACAUUUACCCUUUUAGUCUCUGGCCACUACCCAAGAACCCUGUGUUAGAUGAUCGAACAGUCGAAUAUAUUUACAACGGAAAGACCUUAAAGAAAAUUAAAGUUGAAAAUAACAAAAGAUAG